AUGGUAAAAUUAAAAAACUUAAAUGCAUAUCGCUUGAAUAAUACACGAAAAGCCGAGAUUGAUGUUAUCUUCUUCAAUCGUUGUGCAAAAGUUGGCAGUGAAGCGCUUCUUGAGCUUUUCAAUAAAUUAGAGGACUUCAACAACCUGAAAAUGGAGCGAGAAGGCUUAAAACGGGGUACAAAACGUCAAUUCCCGAGAUGGGAACAACGUGGUUUAGCUACAAACAUAUCUGAGUUUGUUGAUGGUUCGGUAUACAUUGAGCAUGUAAAUUGGAUUGAUUUUGAAGAAUUUGAUUUACCAAAACCGAUUUACAUAAAUCUGGUGCGUGAUCCAGUGGAACGGGUCAUAAGUUGGUAUUUCUACGUACGAGGCGCUUAUAAGAACGCAAUAGAAUAUCGCAAAGUUCCCGAUAAACCAAUAAUGAAAGCCGAGUGGUAUAAAAAAGAUUUUAACAAUUGCGUACGUAGUGGUGAUCCUGAGUGUCAAUAUAUACCGUAUACAGUUCAAGAUUAUACAGGAAAUUUCAAGAGGCAAUCCAUAUUCUUCUGUGGUCACAGCGAUGAUUGUUUACCCUUCAACUCACCAGCUGCCAUUCAAAUGGCAAAAGAACAUGUUGAACGUGAUUAUGCAGUGGUUGGCUCUUGGGAAGAUACAAAUAUAACGCUUACCGUUUUUGAGAAGUACAUACCACGUUUCUUCAAUGGCGCAAAAGUUCUUUUUGAUAUCCACAAUUCCCAAAUAACAAACCGGAAUAAGAAUAAGAGGAAGCCAAAAAUUGAUGCGGAUGUCAAGGAAAUGAUACGAAAAAAUUUCACUCACGAGUAUGAUUUUUACUACUUUUGCAAGCAACGCCUCUACAAGCAAUAUCUCGCUGUGAGUCUGAAAGAUUUGCCGGUCAGUAAUGAAUUAAAUUAG